AUGAGUAGUUUAGUUAAAAAGGGGAGUCAGUUUACUCCUAAAGUGAAAAAAAUAGUGAGAAGAAAGCCAAUAUCAACAUCAGAUGUUCCCACACCAGAACCAAGUCAAAUAAGUCAACCAAAUCAAAUUUCAAGUAGAAGAAGUUCUGUCACUCAAAAUAAACAAUUUGAUACCCCACCGGCUACACAAUUCAAAGGUUCUAAAAAACCUAGAUCUAGUUUUGAUUUAACAGCAACUAGACCAGUCAUAAAUUUGAAUGAGGAAAAUGUUGAUCCUAUGGAUAAAACACAAAAUACUGAAUCAGCCAUAAUCGAUAGUGAUGAAGGAGAAGUAGAAGAUGAAGUUUUGAAAAAAAAUCUAUCGAAACCGGUUUCGAGAAGAAAUUCUAUAAGUCAGAGAAGAUUGUCAGGUAUAAAUCAACCGGGUCAAAGAAGCAGGUCCGCAUCAAUUUCACUUCGAACUCAUGGAGAUGGUGGACAUGUUAUUCAUCAUUCUGCUAAAAUAUCAAUACCGACGUCGUCUGCAAAAGCUAAAAGAAGAAGAUCACUGGUCGGUGGAUCUAGAAGCAAAAGACCUUCAAUUACUUUAGCAUCUCCACCAGUUAUUGCAGUUACAGCUCCAGCUUUAAAGCCGUCUGCAAAUGCUCCCAAGAUAAUUCCUUCACAACAACAACAACCGCAACAAGCACAACAGCCAGUGAUUCAAACUUUCACAUCGAAACCCGGAGCUGCACCCAUUAGUAUGAUAAUGAAUGACAACGAACCUGAAAAGAAUAACCAAGAGGCAAUAAGCCAAGUAAACAAAUCUUUGGGAGUUGAAAAUGCAAUAAGUCAAGAAUUUGUUGUUGGAAUAGAUCCAACCACUAAUAAAUUAAAAAAAUUUAGAAGAAAAGGAGCACCAAAGAAAGAAAUCAAAGAUGAAACUGGAUUUAGUAAUAUAUCAAAUAUAUCGCUAGAUGAUUAUUUACCUGUUGAACCAGACAAUUUAAUUACUACUGUAACUAGUAUUUCUCAACUACCCCUGGGAAUUAAAGAUGAAGAUUUGGAUUUGUAUGGAGAAUUGAAAUUUGAAUAUGAAGGAAUGACGAUGGCUGAUUUAUGUAAACCUACAAUAAAAGUUGGUGAAGUUAGUACGAACUUUGCUCUAGUUCAAAAAGCAGAAAAGCAGUUGAAAGAGAAAAGAUUACAAAGAAAAUUGGAUCGAGAUAGAGCUAGAAAAGAACGUAUUUCAUUGCAAGAAGCGACUUUAAAAAAUGAAGGUAAAACUGAACAAGAAAUCAGAGAGGAACAAGAACGAGACAAAUCUAGAAAUAGAAAUGGAAGUGAUCUACUAGAUUUACAAGAUGAUGAAGCAGAUAAUAAUCUGAGGUCAACUGCUGUUCAAUUAACUAUGGUUGAUGGUAAAAUGGGUUAUAGUGAAGAAUCCGCAGUUGUUUAUAAACCAAGAGCUGACACUUCUGGAAGGUCGGUAGAAGAAUCGAAUCCUUAUGCAAAUCCUGUCACAUCAACUACAUAUAGUAAAAGAACAUAUACUGACAAAUGGACACCAGAAGAAUUGAAAGAUUUUUAUCAAGCUCUUAGUAUGUUUGGUACUGAUUUUUCAUUAAUAUCUCAAUUAUAUCCACAUAGAACAAGAAAACAAAUAAAAGCGAAAUUUGCAUUAGAAGAGAAAAAAUAUCCUGAAGUUAUUGAUCUAGCGUUGAGAAGAAAAUUACCAGUUGACUUUGAAAAAUAUUGUGGUCAAACUAAAAAUGAAAUUAAGACCAUUGAACAAUAUAAUGAAGAUUUGAAGAAAGUAAGAACCGAACAUGAAAGUAAUAUGAAUGCAAUUGCGGUUGCACGUGAACGUGCGUUUAAAGAAGAUGCUGAAGCUAAUAGAAGAAGAGAAAUAGAAAUUAGAACAGGUUCCAAACCUAUGACUACAGCUGAAAGAAGAAAAGAAUUGAGAAAGAAUGAAACUGUUGUAGGUCUGAUUGAUGAUUUAAAGAGGGAGUAA